AUGCCUCAUACUCAGACAUAUACAAGUCUGAUUAAAACACAGACAGAUCCUAGUCUGCCUCAGUCACGGACCAGUCUGCCUCAUACUCAAAUAGAUAUAUGUACCAUAAUGCCUCAUACUCAGACAUAUACAAGUCUGAUUAAAACACAGACAGAUCCUAGUCUGCCUCAGACACGGACAUACACCAGUCUGCCUCAUACUCAAAUAGAUAUAUGUACCAUAAUGCCUCAUACUCAGUCAUAUACAAGUCUGAUUAAAACACAGACAGAUCUUAGUCUGCCUCAGACACGGACAUACACCAGUCUGCCUCAUACUCAAAUAGAUAUAUGUACCAUAAUGCCUCAUACUCAGACAUAUACAAGUCUGAUUAAAACACAGACAGAUCCUAGUCUGCCUCAGACACGGACAUAUACCAGUCUGCCUCAUACUCAAAUAGAUAUAUGUACCACUGACACUGCCUCAUACUCAGACAUAUACAAGUCUGACUAA